AUGGGAAGUACUGAGCAAUGUGCUUUGAAAUGGAUUUUGUUUAAUCUUCAUGACGGCUUUAAGAGAUUACCUAAAACCAGAUCUAUGGAUGAUCUGCUUUCUGCCUGCGACACAAGCAGCCCCCUGACUCGCACAUCCAGUGACCCGAACCUCAAUAACCACUGUCAGGAGGCCAGAGUAGGCCUGGAGCCCUGGCAUAGCAAUCCUGAGGAAUCCGAGACCUUCGUGGAAUCUGGGGCAGGAGGUCCUCAGCAGACUGCAGGAGAAAUGGGUCUUCCUUCCCCUCUGCCCAGCAGCCAGAAAGACUACUUGAGCAAUAAACCCUUCAAGAGUCACAGAAGCUGUUCUCCAAGUUACAAACUGCUUAGUACUGCAGUGCCUCAGGAGAUGAAGAGCAACAUCUCUGAUCCUGAGAUCAAAGUCCUGGAAGAGACUAAGGCACCAGCUCCAGACCCUCCUGCCCACAGUGAGCUGAGCAGGACUUUAGAUGGCACGGAGCAGCCACCUGAACCUUGUCCUGAAAAAGCAGCUGUCCAUGCACUCUCUGAAGUUUGUUCCAACAAGUGUCAUGGAGUUUGUGAUUUUCCUGAGUCUUCCCAGGACUCCCUGACAGGUGCCCCCCAACGGGCCCUGCUGGAUUCCAUGCUAGGUGUGCCCUCCAGAUGUGCUCCAGAUCACAGUCUGGGCACCCUUUGCAACCCACCGAGUGCUACCUGCCAGACUCCUCCAGAGCCAAGCACUGACUUCCUCAGCCAAGAUCCCCCGGGGUCUGUGGCAAGCAUCUCCCACCAGGAACAGCCCAGUUCUGUGCCAGAUCUGAUUCAUAAGGAGGAAUACGCUGGCAAAAGAGGGAAUAAUAGGAAUGGGCCGUUACUGGAAAAUCCUCGCUUUGGGAAAGUGCCACUGGAAUUGGCCCGAAAGCCAAUUUCUCAGAGCCAGAUCAGUGAAUUCUCUUUUUUAGGAUCCAACUGGGACAGCUUCCAAGGAAUGGUGACUUCAUUCCCAAGUGGGGAGACCACCCCUCGGCGGCUGCUUUCCUAUGGCUGUUGUAGCAAGAGGUCAAGCAACAAGCAGGUGCGGGCAACAGGGCCCUGCUUUGGGGGCCAGUGGGCUCAGAGAGAAGGGGUGAAGUCACCAGUCUGUUCUAGUCAUUCCAAUGGACACUGUACUGGUCCAGGAGGAAAAAAUAACCGGAUGUGGUUGUCCGGUCAUCCAAAGCAGGUCUCCAGCACAAAGCCUGUUCCACUGAGCUGCCCUUCUCCAGUGCCUCCACUCUACCUGGAUGAUGAUGGACUCCCCUUUCCCACGGAUGUGAUCCAACAUAGAUUACGGCAAAUCGAAGCAGGGUACAAGCAAGAGGUGGAGCAGCUACGUCGACAAGUGCGUGAGCUUCAGAUGAGGCUGGACAUCCGUCACUGCUGUGCCCCUCCAGCAGAGCCCCCCAUGGACUAUGAGGAUGAUUUUACAUGUUUGAAGGAGUCAGAUGGCAGUGAUACAGAAGAUUUUGGCUCUGAUCACAGUGAGGACUGCCUUUCAGAAGCAAGCUGGGAACCUGUUGAUAAGAAAGAGACUGAGGUGACUCGCUGGGUUCCAGACCAUAUGGCAUCACAUUGUUAUAACUGUGACUGUGAAUUCUGGUUGGCCAAACGAAGACACCAUUGCAGAAAUUGUGGGAAUGUGUUUUGUGCUGGCUGCUGCCACCUGAAGUUGCCCAUUCCUGAUCAACAACUCUAUGACCCAGUUCUCGUCUGUAACUCAUGUUACGAACACAUCCAAGUAUCUCGUGCCAGGGAACUCAUGAGCCAACAUCUGAAGAAACCCAUUGCUACAGCUUCCAGCUGAAUGCCAGAGGAGAUGACCUGUCCAAUUUUAGCAGGUUUGAAGGGAGGAUCUGCUUCAGGUGUACCUUUGAAGGUUCCUUGGUAUGGGUCAUGAAAUCACAGAGCUCAAAGAUACCAUCUUGAGAAAUCCUCCUUGGUACCAUGAGACUGGAGCAGAGGAAUUCCAAUUUGGCAGGAGGUCUUCUACUGGUGAGACCCUCACCUUGGGGUAAUGGUCCUGGAUCCAGACCCAGAGUCUGGAAGCUUAAUGUUGAGUUGGUGACUCCCGCUUUUCUCCUGGGGGUCACAAGAUGAUGAUUUCAUAGAUACUGCCUGAUGAUGUGCCCCAAACAGCAAUAGAGAGACAUAUGUAUAACCAAACUCCAAGUGAUAAACAGAUCCAUCUCUCCUCCACCUGGAAAAAAGCAGAUUCUAGUAUAUAAGAUAGGAAUUCUAUCCUAUUUGAAAUGAACUAUAACCUGUUCCUCUGUGCUCUGUGUCUGUGCAUGAAGGCUCAGUUUUAGAGGCACUCCCUCUAGUUGCAGUAGUUCUGUCUUUCUGUGGAGUUUGGUUUAAAGACUGGUUUAGCAAGUGGAGGUUUUGCUGUAUUUUUUCACUUGGCUCAUCAGCCAGCAUCAGUGAAUACUCAGUUUAGAGGGACAGUUCUAAGGAGUGAGACAUUUUUGGGAGCAGAGGAAAACUCUGCUGAUGUUCGAUUCUGGCAAAAGUCAGUUAUUUUGAGCUGUGAAGGCAGUAGUCUCUGUUACUCAGUGGCAGCUCUUAAGGUAUGCACUGUGAAGAAUGAGAAGGGAAAAGCAGAAAUGAUCCUUGUCAAAUAUUUGCUGAUUGUGCCCGCCCUUUGCGCCUGACUUUUCCUAGUUGUCCUGGUGCUAACACAGGAGUUACACCUUGAUCCUCUCCUGGCAUGAAAAUAAAACAAUGGUUUUCUUUUUGUUGUUGUUCCAUUGCCCACUUCCCUCAUGUUGUCUUUCCCUUGGCUGCUGCCUCCUCUGGAUCACACUGCUUCUUAUCCUGAACACUUGACACCUUGAGGGUAGAAUUUAGCAUUUGGUUUUUACCUCCUAGAAUAUGCUGUUUGGUAUGUGAGGGUUUCAGUACAAAUGCUGCUGUCUAUUUCUGUGCACUUAACAAUGGAACCCAAACAGAAGAGAAUAAAGCCUUGAUACCAAAAUUGGGAGAGAAAAUGUGUCCAUUUGGACCAAACAUUGGUUUUUUUUGUUGUUUUGUUUUGUUUCAUCUUAAUAUGUACCAGUGGCACUUAACCAAAAGAUACAGUGACAUAGCCAUGUACUUUGGUUGGGACAGAUAUAGUCUCCUUGACCUGUAAUGAAACCACUAGUAUUUCCUUUAUACAUUUUCCUUAAUCCAUUGGUGUAUAAAAGGUAAAUUACAUUUAGGCUUACCUUACCUGUUUUAAAACUAUGGUAGCUGUCUGUCUAACUGCUACUUUCAUGUUGCUUCCUAGAAAAAAAAAAAUUCAUUUGAAAAUAACUAGGAUCUGCAUUUAGAACAAGAAUUGUUACUUGUCCUGACCUUUUCUUCAGUCCUACAGAGAAGCAUCUGCGCUUUUAUACUUGUCAUGGAUGUAACCUAAAAAGUUUUGGCGUAUUUAGGUCAGCCUAGCAGAACUUUUUUUUUUUGUUUAAAUGGAGUUGAAUAAUGGAGAUUUGUGUCUGGGAAAUUCCUGAGAUCACUGAAAAAGUAACAAACUAUUCCUUGUCUCUGAUAUGUAAAAUUCUCCUAAGCAUUUUCUCAAUCAUUAAAAUUUACUGCCAGUUGCGAGUGGCUUUUUAAAUAAAUUGACUUUCAUUGCACUUCACUCUGCCCAUUUUCAGGGGGAGUAAGACUGGUAACAUUUGAGGAGACUCUAUCUGUCUACUUUUGUGUGGCUGUUUUGAGGGACUGUCCCAUCAGUGAACAUACUGCAUGGCCUUGGAGAGAGACUCUGGGCUCUCAGCUCAGAUGUAUUCAUCAAAUACUCCUUUCAGAGCUCUUGUGGGUGUAAGUGACAUGAUGUGGCCAAAAAUCCAAACUGUGCAGUUGCGUUGUGACAAACAUGCAAUGUGCUGUAAAAACUCAAUACAAUUUAAAUAAAAUCUCUAUAUUAGUG